AAUGUUUUUCAAUUAUUGUGCUAUUUGCUAGGCACAAAACUACGCUGAAGACCCAAGGCGAUGAAAAACUCAACAAUGUCGUUACAAAAAAAGCUUCACACAAAUUUACCGAAAACAAAGCAUACGUGUGAUAAAAGUCAAUAUUAUAAAACAAUAAGGCGAAAACAAAUUUUAAAGCGCCGUAUUGAACUAAGUAGAAUGUGCAACAGCGCAUACCGGGCAUAAGCGCCUAGAGGUAUGCAACAAUUUGCAGAAGAAGUUUAUGUAUGGAAGGCGCAGCAGAAGUGUAUUGCAAAAAGUCCUGCACACGUUCAUAUGUAUAUGCGUAUGUGUUAGUGAGUUGCUGCACUUGUACUUGGAGAUAUGUAAGUGGUUGUAAGUGCGCACACAAGCUCAAGUGCCAAAGUGUGUUGAGCUUUUACUAAAGGAGUUGCGUGAAGUUGUUUGCCACUAUAAGCGUGCUGCAGGGAAAGAGUUGUUAAUGUGAGGCGUGUAAUUACUAACAAAUAACUGCACUUGAAAGCGAAAUAAAAAAGCAACAAAAACAACAAAUGCUUAUAGCUGCUUGCAAAUAUUAGAAAGCAAAAGUGAGUUGUGUGAGUGCGAUAACUACGCCCGCAUCGCAACAUCAUCUUCUCGUCUGGAUUUCCUUCUCCGCGCUUACUGCUUGCUCGUACGUUGCAACUUUCAAUCUCUUCACGCACGCAGCGAUAUUUUACGUGUUGCUAAAGUUUAGGAAACUGCAACAGAAUAGCAUUUUAAAUCAGCAGCAUCGUUUUUAACUGCCUGUCUUCCACCAACAACGGAGCAAAACUUAUAAACUUUCAACCAAGUACUUGUAACAAGCUGAUUUGACUUGUAAUAACGCUUGCGUACAACUAACUUGCCGCUCACGUCAACAGCCAAGACGGCGGCACCUCAAGACCCAUGCACAGUAUAAGCUCCAUUUUUGUGGCCAAAAGUUGCAUUGUUGCACAAAGUGCGCAUCAGAACUACUAACGGAGGUAAAAACUCUACAAAAGUUAAAUGGACAUACUUACUAUAAUGUCGCCUGACGUCGUGAGGGCAAGUGAACCAAGUGGACUAAAAAGCUGAACCGCAAAGCAAGUUCAACAACAUAGAGUCACAAACACCGCAAAGCAAAUAUGUAGACUGCAUUAAGCUAUAAAGUUUGUAAGUCGUAAAUGCAAAAAAAAAACAGUAUUUACAACAGCAAACCAAAAGCAUGCGCGUUUUGCAAAAAAGCUAACGCCAGGACACCUGCGCCUUGAACAUAGCUAAAAGCGUCAGUUGCGACCUGCAACAAGUACCACAUAACUGAAAUAUAAAACACACCAAAAGCAGCUACAUAGCACACAUUCAUUGAAGGUUGCUUCUCCCUCCUAUUGCUAACCAGCCAUCACAUCACACAUUAUCUCCGACGGUCUGUGGUUAAGCUGCAAGCACAAAUCCAUAUACAAUGCCCAUGAAUACCAUCACAGUUGUAGCACGCGUCUUUGUUUUUUACCGUCAUUCGCCUUCUUCUCGCCUAACAUCUACAUAUUCUACUCGCAUUACACACGAAGCCACUAAGCAUAUUGGCUUUAUCUCCACCGCCAUGGGUCAGUUUAAAUGUUGCUGCGUGGACACUUUGUGUGGAAUAAGGAGUUUUUUGCCCAUCACCAUCCGCCCCCGGAGUGGAAACGGAAGUGAUACGUUCAUGUUUGCACAAGUUCCACCGUCACUUAAGGCUGCCAAUCAAUUGCUAGGCGCACCCGUUGAACGUGAAAUCAAUAUCGAAUGCAUUGUGAAAGUUUAUCCGGAGCUGUUCGCUGGCUGGUAUCACAAUGAAGGUACCAAAGCACAACGUUAGUGAUGUCAUCGAUGGCGACGAAAAAUCGCAGCAACCGUCAUUGCCCCGGCUCAUAUCCCCAGCGCAAGGGCGCGCAUACAUUUCAGCGCCCAGCGAUUGCAAUUCGCUGCAAAUGCACUUACGCUCAUUCAAAUUAUCUUUGCUCAAAAUACAUUAAGAGUUGCCCACCGCCGCACACACAGCGGCGACACUACAAAGAAAAUGGCUCAAGCGAUUGCAUCGAAAAGUGGUAAUUAUAGCAGAAAGGUGUAAGAGAAAUGCGGAACCUGGUAUUGCAGAACAAGAAAUAAUUUUGCUAAUAUUGGACUUUGUCAUAGAGAAAUAUUUACCAAAGACAAGAGACUACAAAAAAACAUAAAUUUGAUUUUUUCCGGUGUUAUUCUAAGUUACUCAUAUAUUUUUUCUAAAUUUUU